GUCGUCUUUCGCGCCGUGGCGAGAUGUGAUCGUCUGUCGUUAUCUCGGAGGCUGCUGGAAACCGCUUUGUCAUUGCCAUUUCUUAAUUCUUUCCGCCGCGAUAUAUGAAGGAUUAAAGUCCAACGAACGGAGUACGUUUCUCGAAGUUCAGCCGGACUGAUCUCCGCAGUCUCAUAGCAGAGUCGUGUUUCGCUCGUGGUCAAGGAGAUUGAUCGUCAAGAUGGUUCCCAAGCCCAAAGUGUACGUGAUCGGCGUCGGGAUGACGAAGUUCGAGAAGCCCGGCCGUAGGGACAACUUCGACUACCCGCAAAUGGCGAAGGAGGCGGUGACCAAGGCUCUGCAGGACGCGCGGGUACGCUACGAGGACGUGAAGUCUGUCUGCGUCGGAUACGUGUACGGUGACUCGACCAGCGGUCAAAGGGCUUGCUACGAGAUCGGACUCACCGGGUGUCCCAUUUACAACGUCAACAAUAAUUGUGCCAGCGGCACCACCGCUCUCUACCUCGGCAAGCAGAUCAUCGAGAGUGGCAACGCGGAUUGCGUUCUGGCUCUUGGAUUCGAGAAGAUGGAGAAAGGAUCUUUGGGUGUGAAGUAUUCGGAUCGUACAAAUCCUAUGGAUAAACACUUUAUGCUCAUGGCAGAAAUUGGAAGCUUUGGCCAAGGUCCUCCAGUUCCACAAUUGUUCAGCAAUGCUGGGAUUGAGCACAUGAAGAAAUAUGGCACGAAGCCUGAGCACUUUGCAAAAAUUGCAUAUAAGAACCAUAAGCAUUCUGUAAAUAAUCCAUACUCUCAAUUCCAAACGGAAUAUAGUAUGGAGCAAGUAAUGAAUUCUGCUAAAGUAUGUGGACCGCUGACAAUGCUCCAGUGUUGUCCCACUUCCGAUGGUGCGGGAGCUGUCAUUCUAGCUUCGGAGGACUUUGUUCGUAAGCAUCACUUGGAACCACAAGCAGUCGAAGUCGUGGCUAUGGCAUUGUGCACUGACAAAUCUGCAACAUUUGACUCCAAGUCAUGUAUGAAUAUUGUUGGGUAUGACAUGUCAAAGAAUGCAGCUGAGAAAGUUUUUGCAGAGUCCAACUAUAAGCCGAGUGACGUGGAUGUGAUAGAGCUGCAUGACUGCUUCUCUGUAAAUGAAUUAAUUACUUAUGAAGCCUUGGGACUGUGUGGUCCCGGUGAGGCUGGCAAGAUGGUAGAUGCUGGAGACAACACCUACGGCGGCAAGUAUGUUAUAAAUCCGAGUGGCGGUCUGAUCUCGAAGGGACAUCCUUUGGGCGCCACAGGAUUAGCGCAAUGCGCCGAACUUACUUGGCAACUUCGCGGUCAAGCUGGUAAGAGACAGGUGCCAGGUGCGAAAUUAGCACUUCAGCAUAACAUAGGUUUGGGAGGUGCAGCAGUCGUGGCUCUCUAUCGUUUGGGCUUCCCUAACCAAGUGAUCAGAAAAAAUACGAAUGUCGCUGCCGAUUCGAGCAUUUUCCAAGCGGACUUGCUGUUCAAGACUCUGGCAAUUGCGAUGGAAGAAGACGAAGAUGGACUGAUCGAAAGAAUGCGCGGAGUUUACGGAUUUAAAGUUACAAAUGGUCCCGGUGGCGCCGAAGGAUUUUGGGUUGUGGAUGCAAAACAAGGCAAAGGCAAAGUCGAGUAUAACAGCAAGACUAAACCUGACGUAACAUUCACGAUCAGCGAUACCGACAUCGUCGAUUUUAUUUCUGGAAAGUUAAAUCCGCAAAAAGCUUUCUUCCAAGGGAAGGUCAAGAUUCAAGGGAACAUGGGGCUCGCCAUGAAAUUGCCCGAUUUGCAGAAACGCGCCGCUAAAAAACUCGAGGUACUUCGCUCGAGAUUGUAAAAUACUCAAAGUUCAGAAUUUGUUAAAAUAGCACACAAAACAAAACGUGUCCCUAUCUCUCUUUUUCUUUCUCUCGCGCGCUUUAUUUUUGUGUGCCUAUCUGGUUAUCAACAAAAAAUUGUAUCGAUAAUUUCAUAAUUGAUAUAUAAUCUAGUAUGUUAUGAGAUUCACAUUCCCGAUAAAGCUUUAAUCGGAAUAAACAGAUGAUACGACUAGCUUUGUACAUAUUGGUGAUAUAAAAAAAUUAUUCGUAUACAAUUAAUUGGUAAUAAAAUUAUUUCAUACUAUAUUACGCAUAAUGUUCGUGAUAGUCUUGAUACUUUAUACAUACGAAUAUAGUUUCUGAAAGGAUAUUCGGAAUAUAGUAGUACAGAAGUUUUCCAAUAUCUUCAUCUUGUAUAUUCAAAAUAUGCAUUGAGAGACUCUUGUAAAGUCCAGAAGUCACUGUGCAAAUUUAUGCAAAUUUAUAACUAUAAACUUUGAGAAAAUUUAAACUAAUAUUUACUUCUCAAAAUAAUCCUUCAUAGAAAACAAUUUGUAUGCAAAUGAAGAAAAAAUAAUUUGUACAAUAUAUAUAGUCUUCUAUUAACAUUUUGCGGUUCGUGUCUAUAUUAUAUUAUUAUACUGUUUCACCAUCUCACUGAAACAAACUACAGCUAUGAUACGAAUUAAGCCGCACAUUUUUUAAAUAUGCCUAUAUGAAAGCACUUAUUAAAGUUAAAAUAUUUUGUUUUUUGUUUUCAGAUAAGAUUAGUAUUUUCUUAAGCCAUUCGUACACGUUUCAAGUAGACACUCAAAUCAAGUAUAUUUGUGCAAGUCAACCAAGUCAAUCAAGAAUAUUAUAUUUGCAAUAAUUUUGUCUUAUUUGAGUCUGCUCGUCGUUACAUAUGUUCCGAUUUACUUAAGCAAGUCAGUCUGACAUAAGUAUAUUGAAUGAUUUUUCAUAUUUGCUCCAAUCGCUUUGCAAAUUAAAAUAAUUAUCUACUCACUCCAAUUUGCACAAACAUAGUUAAUAAAUUUACUUGAACAUACAGAUGAACAUCAUUGUUUUACUAUAUUAUUUCGUUACCUAUAUCUUAUACUCAUAUCUGAUAAUUCUGAAAAUUUUAUUAGGCUGUUUUUUAAUAAAUUAGAGUACAAAAUGUUACUGGCCGGAAACUUUUGCACGCCACUGUAUGUGUGGCCAGCUUUAAAAAUUUAUGUGACGGCAUUGUUGACGAACUGCAAAGUGUUAAUAAAAUUGAUAUUUUCGUGGGACAAAUGAUAUAAACAUCUUGAAUGGUCUUUCUAUAUGUAAUGUAUCUAUACUUUCAAAUACAAGAUAUAAUAUUUUAUAUAUAUUUAUAUAUAAUCUCAACAGCUCAUCAUUUAGCUGUGGUAAAUAGUAGUAAAAUGUUCUAAUUGAAUCCAGAGCAAUUAUAUAUGUAUUUAAAUGCGAAGACUACGCGUUUUUACAUUCCGAGUAAACAAUGAUUCGUACUGUAUUAUAUUAUGCUCGUAAAUUGCGUACUAUAAACUCUAUAUUUUACAACUUUUAAAUUAUUCUGAAACCAGCUGCAAUAUAUUGUUGCACGAAGUAUAAUAUAAUUGCAUUGUCAUUCCCUAAGAUGCAAUUAUACACUGAUGUAUGAACGCAGUUAUAUAAAUGCAUCAUAAGCAGUGUACAUGAAUUAUAUUUAUACUUAUUAUUUUUUAUUUUAGAGUAACUUUUCGAGAUAUCUUGUGUGAAAAGUAAAAUUUCGAAUGUGGAACUUGUAUUGGUUCUUGAUAGUUAUAUUUGCUUAAAAUAGCUAUUGAUCAAUAGUCAAUAUAAUAUUUUCAAUAUAUAUAUUGAAAAUUUAUUGAGAUUUUUAUUAUGCUUUUGUAAGAAUAUAUAACGGAUUAAGGAAUGCGAUUUCAAAUAUCAAGUAAAUAUGAAAUUUAAAUAUUUCUGUAAAAAAAGUAUGAUAAAGGUGCAGCAGUUAUAUUGUAAAUAAUACCAAAAAGACACAUUAAAAAUUAAUUAUUAAAAAAAAAAUUAAAAAUCUUUCAAAACAAAAUAAUUUAUCGAAUUUAUUCUUUUCUAGACAAAUUACACUUUUUACUAGACAUUUCAUAGUCAUUAAGAAUUCUAUUAUUAGAACUGAGAAAUAUAAAGAAACAUAUUUUUUUUAUAUAUAAAAAUCAAUAAAUUUUUAUAUGAAGAUGGGGAUUAAAAGUUUGCUAUUUUACAAGUACACACACACACACACACACACACACACACACACACACACACACACACACACACACACACACACACACACACACAUAUAUAUGAAAAUAAAGUCAC